ACUCGACUUUGGCCCAUUAAUUACAGUACAGGAGGCGCUAGUGUUGAACGAAUUUUGACUUUGAGAGUGAAAUAACAGAUAGAUGGGAUAGCGGAACAAAACCGUAAAUCUUACCAUGGAAUCCAAACACCCAUCUUCAAAAUAAGCUCAUUUCAUCCUUCAUAAACCAGUGGUAGUGACACAGUGCAGCACUCCAUCUUACCAUCUACUCCACCACAGAAUUGCAUUUAUUUUUCAGCUUGGAAUGACUGGAUCUGAGCUGGGACCAUUCUUGGCGUGUCUUCCAUGAUGUAGAGAUUAUGAUUGGCUGUUACUGAGAGAACUCCUCCAUUUAUAAAGAGGGGAGAAUCAGCAGUAGUGCAGGAAACCAAUCAUCAUGUCGUUUCUACAGGGAACCACUGGCAGGAGUUUUGAAUAUGAUCUCAAUCCUUAUGAGAGUUUUAUGAGGAAUCAUCUCAAGCACUAUGGCUAUUACACAGGUCGGAAUGAGAAUUACAGGACACCAAACAAAGCUUUGAAGGCGUGGGACCGAGCGAGUGGUUAUGAGCUGAGUGAUGGGGCGUCAGAUACUGAUUAUGAGAACCAGGCACUCAAAGAUGAUGACAAAAAUGAUUUGGAUAACGCAGCAGAGAAACAGAAGCGUACAACUCAACUCAUUUUCAACUACAGUGCAGGAAAGAUGGUGCCAAAGCUGCGUGAGCCUCGGAACCUGUAUGCUCUGGCCAAAGAGCCUGGACCACAGCAAGCACCAAGAUGGCCUGCUGAUAUAGAGGUACUCCGUGAUACUGUGCUUCAUGUUGAUGAUGUCCCUACAGAGAAUGAACCAUUCUUUCAACCAAGUGGUUUUGAGAAGACACCAAUGCCCUUGCCGGAAGGUGAAGGGAGAGUAGUCUAUAAUCAUCCUCUUACUCAUGAAGAAUACUUCCUACGAUCCCGUGUAGGGGGUAACAGGAAUGGUCCUAUACCAAGAGCCGCUAAGCUGAAGUCCUCGGAGGAUACCACCUUAAUCUUUGAAUCUCGUUUUGAAAGUGGGAACCUCAUGAAAGCUAUCCAGGUGUCUGAGUUAGAGUAUGAAUUGGAGUUAAGAUAUGAUCUCUACACUCAUAAGCACACUCAGUGGUUCUACUUCAGAUUCAAUAACACAAGACGUAACGUCCGCUAUCGAUUCACCAUCACAAACUUCAUGAAGUCUGGUAGUUUAUAUAACAGUGGUAUGAGACCGUUGAUGUACUCCGAAUGCAAUGCACAGACCAAAGGGAUUGGAUGGAGAAGGGUUGGAGAUGAUAUCAAAUAUUACAAGAAUGACGUCAAGCUGAAACAUAUCAAGAGAAGGAGGAAAGAUGUGAAAGGGGAUCGUAACUUCUACUACUCCCUGACCUGGACCUUCACUGUGCCUCAUGAUAAUGAUACAUGCUACUUUGCUCACUGCUACCCAUACACAUACUCAGACCUACAGGACUACCUUCAGAACCUGACCAAUGACCGUGUUCGUAGCAAGUAUUGCAAGCAGAGGAUCCUAUGUAGAUCACUGGCAGGCAAUGUGGUCUAUGUUCUCACCAUCACCUCACCAUCUCUCAACCCUGAUGAUGCUAAGGUGAAGAAAGCAGUAGUAGUAACAUCUCGUGUUCAUCCCGGUGAGACCAAUGCUAGCUGGAUGAUGAAAGGAUUCCUGGACUAUCUAACAAGUGAGAUGCCGGAUGCUAAGUUGCUACGUGAUCUGUUUGUGUUCAAGAUCGUACCGAUGUUAAAUCCAGACGGUGUCAUAGUAGGGAACUAUCGCUGCUCAUUGGCCGGUAGAGAUCUCAAUAGAAACUACAAGACUAUUCUUAAGGACUCCUUCCCUUCAGUCACACACACAAAGGCUAUGGUCAAAAAAUUAAUGGAAGAGAGAGAAGUAGUAGUGUAUUGUGAUCUCCAUGGUCAUAGUAGGAAACAGAAUGUGUUUAUCUAUGGCUGUGAUAACAAGAAGAAUCCUCAGCUGAGAUUACGAGAGAGGAUCUUCCCUAUCAUCCUCUACAACAACGCAGGAGAGAAGUUUAACUACAACAAUUGUAAGUUCAAGGUACAGAAGAGUAAGGAGGGAACCGGACGUGUGGUGGUCUGGCAGAUGGGUAUCAUGAACAGCUACACCAUGGAGGCAUCGUUCUGUGGUUCUACGUCUGGUGAUAAGAGGCUUACUCAUUUCAGUACGGCAGACUUUGAGGCCAUGGGAUAUCACUUCUGUGACUCUCUCUUAGACUACUGUGAUCCUGAUCAUUCAAAGUGCAAUACAAUCCUAUCUGGUCUGGAGGAGAAGCUAAGAUCAGAGAUCUUGGCCCACCUGGAGAGGACCGGUACACCCCUCCCUUCUGAUGGGUUCAUUGACCUUUCAGCUGAGUACCCAUCAGGUCUGGAGUCUAGUACUACCGGUUCAGACAGCUCAGCUGACGAUGGUCUUCCUGUUCAUCUCAUAGCCCUAGCUCCUAAGCUGAGCAAGAAGAAGAAGUUAAAAACAAGAAAGGAACGUGACAAGAAGCGUCACAGCUCAGAGAAGAACAAAGAGAAGGAUAAAGACAAGGAGAAAUCAGGCAGUGCAUCUAGCAAUCAUCAAGCAGAUGCUAGCAAGGACAGUGAAGCCGAGAAGAAAGCUGCAGCCAAAGAUAAGAAAGAAAAGGAAAAGCUUCGGUAUCGUCAUGGAGACAGAUCUUCCCUUCAUUCAGCAGGACGAGGAGGGCGCCAGACGCUCUGCCGAUCCGGGUCUGGAAACCCGAAUGAGGUCAAGAAUCUCAAGAAGACUGAGUAUCUAGAAGCUCUGACCAAUGCCUAUCUGAUGAGUGGAAUCUUAAAACCUGCUACUGAGGAGCCGGCCGCACUGCGCUAUUCUACAGGUAGCCAUGGACUAGGAGCCCCAGGGAUGCAGCUAGGUCAGGUGGAAGGUCUAUGCCCUCAUCAUGAGAAAGCUUUCGCUGAACAGUUUGUGGCUAACCAACUAGCUGGCCUAUCCUUUGCAGAUGAUAAAUACAACUGGAGCCACACCUCAGUGGAGACCCGACGUACCAUCGAGGCCGCCACCUCCUCCAACCACUCAGCCCCACCCAGGGAGUGCCACGCCCCUGAACCAAUCCAACUCAUCUCAACCACCGCCCCUCACAGGCAUCCUAUCCGUGCUACCAGUGCUCACCGCACCCCCUCCAGGCUGGGAGGAGGGCGGAGGGGGGCGUCGCCUUCCAAGUCUGUCGUGUCACCGGCUGAUGGGAUGGCAGAAGCUACAGGUGACUACAGAAAACCUGGUUCAGACUUCAUCAAGAGAGGGGUCUCAUCAGAAGCCUUAUCUCUUCGCUCAAAUGGAUGUGCAACAUCUUCUACGUACGCUGUAAAGGAAACGAGUAAAUCAAUGGAGGCACCAAGGCAACCCCCCUCGAUAGCACCUGAUAUGCCGCCCUCUAGGGGUGGUCAGAAGCCAGGUAAAGCCAUGACCCCGUCUGGUUAUCAAGAGCUGGUCACACGCAAAGGAGCGAGGUCAGAGGUCAGAGCUACCCAGGGGAUUCCACUCCAACUCUCUGUCGUCAUGGGAACCACACACUCCGCCCUUAGUCCGAAUGAGGGCGGAGCUGACCCCUUAGGGUCCCAGCAAGGCCAAACCCAAAUCAUCGGCAACCCCAGUUCAUCUGUCGCCCCAAUCAAGAAAGCUGAAUCCGUCAUCAUUGCUGGUGAGGUAUUAGCACAGCCCCUACAGAUAGGACAAGCAUACACAAAGGAUGCCCUGGAGAAGACCCUCAGUGAGAGUGCAUUCAUGUCUCCAAGCGCUCAGAACUGGCCCAAGACUACUCCCCAGACCAAGAACCAUAGCUGCACCACGGAAGCCACAUCCAUCUCAGAUCCUGCCCUGUACGCUAAGCAGAACAUCACCCCCAGCUCACAUCACUUCAAGAAAGCACAGGACUUCUACGGGGGACGCAGCUCCCCUUCCCCCUCCCAGCCUGAGCCACACCCGAGCCCGAUCAGCAUGGGUUCCGCUGCACGACUGCAGGCCAAGUAUGGACGUAAGAGCGCAUCGGCGGUCCAUGCCGGGGAAACUCAGUAUCGUGGAUCCUUGAAACCAGGCAGCCGUAAUGUAGAUCCUAACAAUAAUAACAGCAACACUAGGACGAGUACAAGCACUGAUGACGCGGGAAGCAACGGCAUCCUGUCAACGAGUGAUGUCGGUGAUGACAUCACAAAAAGAUUUCAACCGGACCAAACCAGCUCCGAUUCAAGAUCAGAGAGGAUGGAUGGGAAUUAUUACUACACUGAAGGCAUUCCUUUAAAUGCAAAUGUAACAGAUAGAGCGCAACGAGAGAAGGGCCUCAGCAAGAUUUCCAAUACAGUUGAGACAGACCUUGAAAUAGUCUCCAGAGGCUAUCCUUCUAAUGUUGUCGGGCAGGAAGGGAAUUAUGCCAAGGGAACUAUGAGCACACAAGCUAGACGAUUAGAUAAGAAGGCGGAGCUCAAACACUUAGCAAAAUCUUUAGAGGGGGGCAGCACCCUCACAAGUUCGCCUGACGACGUUCCGUCUGCUUUCGAGAUUGACCAACGAGGCGUAAGUCAUGCGUCACACCUUAACAAACAGUCUUAUAGGGUUACUCUUUCACAGAACUCCACUGCCGAAGGUCACACCCACCCGGCGCAGGUGUAUUCUCAAGCCACCCCUCAAUCUAAAAUAGAAUCUACCAGUCCCUUGCAGAGAUCACCAAGACUCCUGGACCGAUCCACUGUCCAGAGGGGUGUGGAUGGUUCGCUUCAUGUGAGGAAACCUACUCCAAGAGAUAGAGUCAAGAGUGGAUUAGCCACUGCACAAGACUUACAUGAUCUUGGUAAUGGAGAUGUCUCUGAGCUUGAUGUUCUUAUAUCAAUGGAUGAUAAUCCUUACAGGGUUAGUCUUGAACCCACUCCAGAUUCACUCAUUAAAGAAACCACUCCGCAACCCUCUGCCAGAAUCGCCAAACCAAUGAGCUCUGGUAUCUACUCUGCUCACUCCCCUCGCAGUCGGGUUUCAGAUCGCACACGUCCGCUCUCCUCUAAGCAUCGCGAUGGUAGCAGCCCUCGACAGUCCUCGUCUGAAGUCAACCCCGAGGGCCGCAGUGAUCCUCACGCUCUGCAGUACUUCUCUGUCUCCAAACUCUCCCUUCAGAACCGCUCACUGGAGAAGAGUCCUCAGCCUACACCCAGAUCACCAAACAGCGGCCUCUAUGAUGGACCUGGGGUAGUGACGUCAGACCAGCAGCCGGGCAGCGCUGGGACCAGGUCAGCCCGGGCUCUAAGACCAAAGACACAUGGCAGUAGCAAGACUGAAGCCAGUGGGCGAGGAGGGAAGGGUAAGAGAUCGCCCCGCCCCCAGCAGCCCCAGAAGAGCCAGGACUCACCUCAUGUAGUGGUCACCCAGGGGGGCUUCAUGGGACACCGGUCACAACCAGGCUAUCUCAAAGUACAGUAUGCUAGGAAGAAAUGAUGAACAGUAGCUAAUGGGAUUUUGAAAUAGAGGCAAUAGAGAGAGGAGACGGACGGAGGUGGAGACAAAGAGAGAGGAAGAGAGGGAGAGAAAGAGAGAGGGAGAGAAAGAAAGUCUGGGUCUUCAUGGGACAUAGGUCACUAACAAGGGUAUCUCAAAGUACAGUAUGCAAGGAAAAAGGGAUAUUUGUCAGCAGCUUCAGAAUCAAGAUUUUGAGAUGGAGGCAAAGAGAAAGUGAGUGAGGGAGGGAGGGAGGG